UUUCACGCUCAAGAUGCCUGGAGCUACCAUGCUUUGGAUUGUGCGCUCAUUUAUAUUCCUGCAAUUGUCUGGACACAGAAUUGAUAUGCAAACAUAUUCAUAAAGUCCAUUCACUAGUGGUAGCAAUAUAUACAUCUGACGUCAAGACCGCUAAAGUUCCAACUGCGUUAUCAACGGAGGACGAGGAAUUCGCUUUUGUGGAACCUAUCGCAACAACUCCACAAAAAAUAGGAAGAUCUGAAAUUGAGAAAUAUGAAGAAAGCAUAGUGAAAUUAGGAGAACUCGUUCACAACUCUGUUAUUGCAUCAUUACGCUUACCCAACAUCAACAAACAACUGCAAGACAUUAUUACGCAGUGCAAAGCUGUAGCAAUGCUUUCCGCUGAUUCCGUUGACUCUAUGGCUGCUUUAACACCUAUUUACAGCGAAACAGAACGGGAAAUUAGUCCUAAUGAAAAACUCGACACACAGUUGCGUCCUGGGCGUUUUGAAAAGACCAAAAAGGUUCCACUAAAGCGAAGAAGUAAUUAUUCAUAUCCGUCUUACGAGAAAAAACAGAUUAUUGUGGAUGGCAUUAAAUCUAACACCUACAUGAAUGUACCUACAGUUGUUCCAGCCCCAUUGGAAAAACAAAAACCUACCGUUCAAUCAUCUAAAAACAUCAAGGAACGGAAAAAAAAAUCAACCUCCAACAAAAGCAUCGGCUUGUCAACAAUUGUCGUUAAAAAUAAUUCCCCUAACCCUAAUGUGACGCCCAGGGUGUCGGGGUUUGACGAUAUGCGAUUACCAUUGCUGAAGUUUGAUUGUGUCACAAUUACGUUUUUUUCAUUGUUGUCUUUGGAGGUCACAUUCACUGAAUCUGAACUGCGCGAACUCAAGAAUGUCGAACGUGGUUUUAGACCUGGUUGGCUACAAGAUGAGAUCAUUACAGCUUAUUUGUUUCACCUACGCUGUAAAAACACCGACAUGAUAUAUCUUGAUCCGGCAGAGGUACUUGCUAUAGAUCGCUUUAAGUCCAUCAGAGGCUUAUUUUCAAAAAUCGACUUAGAUAAUAUCAAGUACGUGCUUAUACCAUACAACGACGGCGGCACACAUUGGAUUUUGACAGUUGUGGAUGUGAAAAGUGGAUCGAUCAUUGUACUCGACCCCAUGACAACCGACUACAAUCCUAAUCUAAAAUCCCAUAGCGAUGCGGUAUCAGUGGCAAUGAAAAUUCUCCAAAAGAAAUUUUGGAAAAACGUAACCAACAUAUCCAUCAAAACAGAAGAACAUGUGAUGCAGAAAGAUGCACGCAGCUGUGGUGUAUACUGCUGCUUCUACGCGUCAAAGAUAAUGUCAGGUGGCAAGCUAACUGACAAAUGCGAUCCAAUGGGCUUUAGAAGACAUAUAUAUAAGACGAUUGUCGGAAAUUGUAUUCCAUCUGCACGUACAUGGAAGAAUAUUCAGAAAGAACAUUCAAUGUGUCGGGCAUGUCUAAAAAAACCCAAAGACAACGAAAUUGACUGGGUGCAAUGUACACGAUGUCCGCAAUGGUAUCAUUGCAAAUGCGCUUCGUUUACGGCGGAACAAGCCGAUUUAGCAGUCAACUUCCGUUGCUGAUGACAUUUAUCUGUUAUUUCUAGUUAUUUUUUUAAAUGUUUUUUAGAUCAUCAUCAUUUUGUUGCUUAACUGGAAAUAAAUCAAAAUAAAAUAAAGUGAUCUACCAACUAUCUAGUUAAACUUUUUAAAACACAAGAUAACACAAUAUGCUUUGUUGCUUUUAUAUCUAAACCUAUGGGAGUGCGGUGAAAAGAGAGAUUCGUCUUAUUAUUAUAAAAAGAAAAAAUUAAUUUUAUUGUAAAAUGUUUCAAUUCCUUUUUUUUCUGUUUUUCUUACUACGCGCUACGCACGCAUUUGUUUAAGGCCCCUAAAGCGCAUCUGGCCAAGCCCACGGUGCGUGCGUCCAAAAAAAAAUUAAAAAAAAAAUGGGGCA